ACUGUAGCCUACCUGCUGUUGUUACCGUAGGUGCGCUUAAUCGACACCCAAACUCUACAGUAACUCUUCUUCGAAAAUACAUUUACAUUCUGAGUCAUAAUUUUGAGCGCUUAUCUAAAAUACACAAGUGGCACAAAUGGAAACUCAGUGAUGAUUUGAUCGCUGCCCAUUUAGUCUAAUGGAGAUGGGAAUUGCGUACUGCUGGAUACUUUGGAUGGACCGAUCCCACUAAACUGUCACUGAGCGUCGAGAAGUUGGCUUCAGUCGCACACACCUGAAACUUAGACCGUGAACGUCUCGCCUCCGGUUGAUGCCGAGUAUCAUGACCAUGAAUGGUGACCACCAGUCGGUUGCCACAGCACCGCUGGAUCUGCGCACCACUAACCGAGAGCGUGGGUGCGCCGGGUCCAGGACUCCAGACUGCAAAAGUCGCACCAGGGACGUUCGGGUGACAGUCGGCUCACCUGCACCGCCAGCCUGCACAGGGACUGACAGUUUGGAAAUACACAGUCCCACCAUAAGAAACGUACCGGGCUCAGAAAGCAGCGUUGCAAGCAAGCGAUCGGAGGACGCUUCUUCCUUAAAGCUUCCUCUUAGGAAACGCCGGAUUCGUGUGGAGCCGGAGCCCCAAAGGCAGUCACCGGCUGCGGCUGAGAGUGGCGACCGCUUUUCCCCCGUGGAAGAUAGGGACUUUCGGGACAGUUUGGCCGGUCGUUUGAAAAAACCCAGGGAAGAAAGCAGGGUCGGAGUAGCACCAGUGACUCUCAGGAGGACUGGAGACACUGGACAGACUCUACAUGGAUAUCCCAGACACAUUUUCCACCCGUUUAAUUACGGUCAUUACCCAGUGUACCAGGUGUUUUUGCCCCCAGUCCCAGAGCCAAACCACCCUUUGGCCAACCAAACCGAACACCUGCCUGAUAUCACUCUGGCUACACAUCAAGAUGAAGACGGAGACACAGCCCUCCAUAUAGCUGUGGUACAGGGGGAGUCGGAUAUUGUCUGCAAACUGAUCCAUCUCCUGCUGCUGGCUCACAGAAGCCUUGAUAUCUACAACAACCUUCGUCAGACUCCCCUUCAUCUGGCAGUGAUAACUCAGCAGGCAAACAUGGUGAAUGUUUUGUUGCAUGCGGGGGCUGACCCUGGUGCCUUGGACCGUAACGGCCAAACAGCACUCCACCUCUGCUGUGAAUACAACCAGCGUGAAUGUCUGUCUGUCGUGCUCUCUCAGCCCUCUUUCCACACAUGCCUGGAGAUCAGAAACUAUGAGGGUUUAAGCCCUCUCCACCUGGCUGUGCUGCAAGGCCAUAUAGAGCUGGCCAGAAUGCUGCUGGAUGCAGGAGCUGACAUCAAUGCUAUGGACAUAAAAAGUGGACAGAGUCCUCUCAUGCAUGCGGUAGAGAACAAUAAAGCAGGCAUGGUCCACUUCCUCAUUGAGAAUGGCUGUGAAGUCAACAGCCAGUCGUACAGUGGGAAUACAGCCCUGCACAGCGCCUGUGGCCGAGGUCAGGUGGACACAGUGCGGCUGCUGCUCAAGAGUGGAGCAGAUAGCAGCCUCAAGAACUAUCACAACGACACCCCUGUGAUGGUGGCCAAGAACAAGAAAAUAGCAGAUGUGUUAAGAGGGAGAGGCUCCAGGCAAAUAAGAGGUCAGGAACAACACUGUGCACCAGUCUCACCACAUGGGAGCAGUGUAAUGGAAAAUGGGUCUUCAUCUCCUAACCACAGUCGCGGAUGUUCACCUUCGACUACACCACACACCCCUCAUCUUAACAAUUCUCACUCUCCAAAGACUCCAUCUAGGCCUGUAUUUCCAUUUUACUAGUGUAAAGUUACUGUCUAGUGGAACUUGCAACUACCUUUACAAAGCCAACCAACAUGGAGACUUCAGUGCCCAGACACCCAAGUUAAAGCUGUAUUAACUAAUUCAUCACUCUAAUUUUCGACCAUUAAGGGCAAAGUGAGAAUCAAAACAAACUCAAACAGUAUCCCCUCCUCUUCUCCCUCUGCUCCUCUUUGCCCCUCCUGCCCUGUCUUUGAAACUAAAUCACAUGUGGUCACAACAGCUGGAGACAGGAGUCAGGUAGCACAGCAGUAAUAACCGGCUCCAGAACUAAGGUAUAUGGGAUAUAAAGCCCAUAGAGUCUGUGGUUUUAGUGACAUUGCUGUGACACAAUGUCAAACAAAGAGGCUUACAUUUUAGCAAUAUCCAUAUUGUAUGGCUAAUGUUGUUUGUAGCAGAUGUAUCUGCAGUAACACAAGCAAGUUAUACAAAGUAGUGUUUAUUCCUAGUAAUAUUGAUACAGUACUAAUGUUCUGACCACUAUCAUAUCGUUUUCAAUGUUACAUACUGGACACACAACAUUAUAACGUAACCGUGAGUUGUAUGUGAAACAAGAGAAAUAUUACGCUUUGAUAGUUGAACAAACUCUCCACUUUUCUAGCUGUGUUGAUGGUGUAAAUUUUAACAAGUUCUCAUUAACAUGCUACAUGGACUUCAGUGUUAAGCCUGACAUAAAUGUGCUGGUUUCCGCCAAGUGGACAACAAAACACUAACAUUGCAGUCAGUUGGAAUGACUCCAAAUUACAACAAGAAUAAUUCAAUACAAAGGUGCACAAUUGAAAUGCUAAUGUUAGCUUGCUAAUGAUGCCAACAUAUACAUGUUAGCUAGCUACUUACACAUCUAGAAGGAAGAAAGCCAUAUCUGUGUCAAAUUUUAGUCCUUUGGAUGCUUCUAAUGCUCUCCACCUCUGACACGCCAAAACAGUGUUAACUGUUGUUUUGCCUCAUUCUUUGUUCCACUUUUUCUGUGGUACAGAACACAACCUCUUGGUUCUAACAGGUCUGCUCUCAUUGUGGGUUGUACCUGCACAGGCCAUCUUUGAAAUGAGCCAUACUGGUUUAUAAAAUGCAUGUUAUAACCUUGAAUCAUUUGGGAUGUGGAAGACAUGCCGUGUGGCUUUUAAGAACACUGGCCACAGAGGGCAAGAAAUAAACACCAUGCUUGAAGAUGGCAGAGUGGGGUGAGGGGUUAGUACAGGAGGGAGAAAACACUUCAAGUCAACUUUUGCUUGAUUUAUCCUAAUCUGUGCUAAAUCUUAGUUAAUACAGCUUUAAGCCAAAGGGAAGACAACUGCACCUAAAAUUAGGAUUCUCUACAAACUGGCCUUUAUUUUUCUGGACUCCAUGACAAAAGACACUCAUUUGCCUUUCGGUGCCUGCAACCUCUCUGCUCAACUGGCUGCUGCUGUAGUGGGAACUCCCAUAAUGAAGAGGAGCAAAAUGGUUACCUACAAGCUGUGUAGUGACUGCAACUGAUUUCUCCACAUGCAUCUAUACAUGAUCAGAAAUGUGCCACUGAAUGCAAUCAAAGAACUGUUUUCAACUGCCUGGAGAUGUCAGUAAGUGAUAGACCUGACUUGAUACAGUAUAUAGACAUUAGGAAGCGAAAGGAGAAAAAUAGGUGGGGUUACAUCCAGCAAAUGACCCCAGUCCAUGCCCAGUCUGCUUAAUGUAAAAUUUGGCAAAAUAACUUGACAUGCUAAGUAUUGCACAAUGAAAUUCCUUAUUUUUACCAUUUUAAUAAACUAUGUCCACUGUAA